CAAUAAUAAGAAAGCUUUAGAUUGAUAGGGAUACAACUACCUGGUCCUGGAAAAUACAAGGAGAACUACGACAUUUCAAGCGAAGGCAAUUCGUCGCGGGAGGUUAGUAGCCGAUAAAUCAUUCUGUGCCAGUGUAGGUAUAUAUAGCCUCGGAUUGACAGGGAUACAACUACCUGAAAAAUACAAGGAGAACUACGACAUUUCAAGCGAAGGCCCAUCGUGGCGGGAAGUAAGUAGCCGAUAAAUCAUUCAGAUUUCUCUGCCCACCAGAAGAAGACAAACUUCUGCUAAUUUUCUCAUUCAGUUUUCGUCCAGAUUGAACUAAACAUUUAAGAGGCAAUUUUUUUCAAUGUCACGUAUUUGCGAUGAAAAGUGUUCAAAACCUAAAAUCUUUUUGGCGUUCCUCUCAAAAUUACUUUGUUUUAGCUUUAUUCUCUAGUUUAUAGAGUUUGCAACCUUUUUAAAUACAUCUGCCGGUUGACAAACAUAAAAUAAUAGUUAAAAAUUGUCAAUUAAAAUACAAUUAUCAAUGAUGCGUUAAAAUUGACGCCAUAUUUACAGCCAUGUAUAAGCAAAACUUACUGAACUUCAUUUUCUCUUUGGCGUAUCAUCUAAAAUCUCUUCAUUUUAGCAUUAUCUUACAGAUAAAGCGCUAAACAUACUUUUUAAGCUUGUUUGCCGAUUGAGAAAAGUAUCGAAAAACUAAAAUUUUGAAUUUAGUCAUAACCUGAAGUGGUAUAUUAUACGCAUUAGUUUUGAGUGCGUGUUACGUAACAUACAAAAAAAUCUCCUCUUAAUCGAAUCUCGUAGUCUGAACAUACUUUUCAGAAACCUGUACUUUAUGAACCAUAUUUUAAUGACUAAGUACACAUUGAGUAUUGAGUUUGUACCAGUGCAAGUAUGUGGCAAUAAUAAUUGGCGUACCAGUCAGGUCAGAGAAAUGGCGCGAGGUACACUAGCAGUUACAUUUGAACUGCACUUAUUCUGCAUCUAUAUUUACUGUUUAUUUACGUUUGCCUGCGAAAUAGCUUAUAAAACCAUUACAUACAUAUAAAUUAUCAUAUAUAGAUUGCCUGGGCCGCCUGUUAUUGCGUUGUUUUAGUCAAGAAAAUGAAAUAUCUGAACAAAGAGACGUGAAAACAGAGUUGUAGACUAGAGUCAUUUUUGUGACAUGACUUGUUAAUCAGAUUAACGACUUGUGACUUGACUUGGACUCGAACAAAAUGACUUGUGACUUGUUACCAACGCAAUGUAAAGUCGUACAAUGUCUAGUGAAAAUUAACUUUUCUACAAUUGCACUGUACAUUGGCAUAUCACACUAUACAUGUGCAAGAGCUCGCUGGGUCACUCCCUAGUAGGGUUGGACGGUAUUAAAAAAAUCAACUCAUGAUUAUUGUCGAGCAAAUUAUCACGAUAUUCGAUAAUAUCACGAUAAACGCAAUAAAACAAUGACCACAUUUUUCAGUUUUAAUUAAUAUCAAAGCAUAGUAAGCUUAUAUAUAAUCUUAUUAAAAACAAGGAAAAUAACAAAUUAAAGUAAUAUGAAGGCUUUUCUAGUCUAAUAUUUACUGUUUAUAAACCUAACUGUCUAUGCAGUGUCUACAGUGUCUCCGCAGACACAAAUGCCAUGGGCACACAGCGCAAGCAAAGCCUGCAAUUUCAUUGUUCAGCAGCUUACUAACUUACCAAGACUUACUAACCACCCGUUCCGCACGUUGUAACCAAUAGUUUAUUGGCGUUGUAAUGCCAUUGUAUGCAAUAAAGUAUUGGGUUGUAACUGAAGCUUACUAACUUACCAAGGCUUACUAACUUACCAAGGCUUACUAACUUACCAAGGCUUACUAACUUACCAAUGAUUACUAGAUUACCAAUGAUUACUAGAUUACCAAGGAUUACUAGUUUAAUAGGUUUUGUUUGUGGAAACACCACGUAAAUUUAUUACUGCAAAGCUUUCGAUCCGUAAGCCCGGAUCUUCAUCAGUGCUAAUAAUAUGUUAUUAAUAAUACGUUAUUAAUAAUAUGUUAUUAAUAACAGGAUUAAUAACGUUAUUAAUAAUAUGUUAUUAAUAACAGAAUUAUAUGCUUACGGAUCGAAAGCUUUGCAGUAAUAAAUUUACGUGGUGUUUCCACAAACAAAACCUAUUAUAUUUUAUCACCAUGCAAACAUACAAAGAACUGAUUACUAGUUUACCAAGGAUUACUAGAUUACCAGUGAUAAGUAGGGAUUAUUAGGAUGUAUAAAAGUUAGAAUGGUAUAUUGAUGACCGUAACACCAGGAAUUAACUAAUAUAUCGUAUUAAAUUCGUAUUUGAUUCCGGAAAUAGUUUUAAUUCUUUUAAAAACUACAUUUUCUAGAUAUUGAAGGAAUUUUUUUUAGGAUUUUUAUAAAAGCUAUAUACACAUGCGAAGCAAUAUCUGCACGAUACUCAUCGAGCAUGACAAUAAUUUCGAUAUAUCGUCGCUCAAGUUUCUACCUUCGAUACGAUAAUCGUGAUUGAAAAUAUCGCGAUAAAUCAAAAUAUCGAAAUAUCGCCCAACCCUACUCCCUAGUUCAUGGUAAAAGGAACUGUACAGAAUAAAUUGCGGCUUAGUAUUAGUGGUGUAUGCAUGGUCAGAAACAAAGUGACUUGCGACAUAACUUACUACUCAGAUUUAAUAUGAAUUGAUUUGGACUGGCAAAAUAGAACUUGCUAUAUAACAACUAAUUUUGCGUGGAAAUAAUGAUAUUUAAUUAAAAGUAGUUAUUAGACAGUUUCAAGUGCAUUGUUUGCAUUUAAAAUAAUUAAAACCUUUGUUUCAAAUUUUACAAAAUGAGUCGAGGACGUCCUGUCUCGAAUGUUAAGGACCAUUCAAAACAUUCCAAUAUCGUAAGGGAACGGUAAUUAAUAAUAGGAGGGUGGUUGAUAAAUACCAAAUAUUGAACUUUUUUAGAGCCGCCCCAAUCGCAAGACCUUUAUUUUCAAGACGCCCCCACCUUCAUCUAGAAAAUUUAAGACCUCCCCCCUCCAAUAUUUAACUUGUUUCAAUUUGGCGGUGGGGGACUGCAAGAUUGCCUGGUCUGCCAUGCAUUUUCUGUGAAAAUAUCUGACAUUUCUGCGCAACUUUCCCAAGGAAAAAACAUUUCCUGCGCAAAAUAAAAUUUUUUAGUCUGGUUGCUGGGCGUUUGAUAAGACAACAUUUUGUGGUGUAAAAUAGGUGAUUAGACAAGUACUGGUGUAAGACAUUGUGUAGCCUAAAUAAUGAGAGGGCCAGUAUUCAAAAUGGUUGUUAUUUACUCCGACUCCUAUGGUGAACAGCAUAUACGUAAUAAACUAUGGCAACUACGAUUAUAGGAACUAAAAAAGGUGAAACAUUUUGUGGGGUAUGAUAAAGGCGAGAGAUUGAAAAUGAGUAAGAAAGUAUUAAAAAAUUGGGGUCGCCACUUGCAUGUCACAUAUUUUUCAGUUUGAGGCCGCCCCCAAUUCAGGCAAAAAUAUUAAUAGUUCAAGCCGCCCCCCCCCCCUUUCUCACCCACCGCCCCCCUCCCAUUAUUAAUGACCGGUCCCUAUAAAUACAGCUGAAAUAUUCUGAUCUGUCAUUUUAACCACGUCCACUGUCAAGGUUGCAAGCUGUUUUUCUGGUGAAAUUCAAAGGUAAGUUCUCUCAAAGUCAAAUGAAUUGAAUUGAUUUAAUGACUACUGACUUUGUAACCCAAAAAGGUUAAAUUACACCAGUAUUACAUAAAUUAAGAGGAUAAGUUAAAAUUACAUAAUAAUUACAUAUUUAAGAUUAUUUACAUUUCUAAAAACUUAUUUACUGUUAAUCUUUAAUAUACAGGGCCGUAGGAAGCUCUUUUCGAUUGGGGGGGCUGAAAGCGAGGGUCGAAGGCCCGAGGAAAUUUUUAAAUUUAGAGUCUCUAAAAUGCCAUUUCCUGGACUUUGGGGGAAGAUUUAACAGAAUUCUGAUAGUCAGAAAACAGCGUUUUAGUAUGUCGAAAUUUACAGGAAAGUAUGGGCCAGACUGUAGUAUUAUAAAUGCGCGGCGGGAAUUUUCGUCGUAAAUGGCAGUUGCGCGGAAAUGAAGGCAGAACAUUUGAGAAAAUUUCGAAAAUCUGGAGUCUCUAGAUGGUCUGAAAUGGCAUUUUCAGAGUUUUCUUUCGCAAGACCCAACACGCAAAAGACAAAAUAAAUCAUUAGUUCAUCAAAAAUGUGCAGAUUUUGUGGGAUUUUCUUGAAAAUGCGCGACAGAAAUUCAGCUAAAAUUUCUACGCGAGGAACGAUCUGGAGUAUGAGUAAUAUCUUCAUUCUUUGCAGUUUGUCACAGAUUAAAUGAUAAAGUUUGCAUGAUUUUGAAAAACGAAUGAUUAUUAGCAAAUUAUUGGGGGGGGGGGGCUGCAGCCCCCCGGUUGCUACGGCCCUGAUAUACUUUGAGGUAAAAACGAAUUCUUAAAACGUUCGGUUCUGCAAACAUAAUUAUGAUAUUUACAUAUACAAACAUAAUUAUGAUAUUUACAAAUGCUAUUCAAUUCAAAGGUAAAUGAUAUUCUAUUCAAAGCCAUGCAUGCAAUGCGAGUUCUUCUUAAGUUGUUUCAAUUGUUAGCAGUUCACGUUCUACUUUUAAUAUAUAAAAGUAUACACCGAAUAAUUUAUAAAAACUGGGCGUAUAAGCAUCUGCAUGUGAUUGAAAAUUAGACAUAUAAAAACUGGGCGUAAAGCAUCUAUGCAUGAUUCCAAUGAUAUUGCUGAUAUAUUCGACCAUAGGACAUAAGAAUCCAUGCAUACUCUCCGAAACUAAGUAAUUAGUUUUGAGAAUUGACGUUCCAAUAUUGAACCGCUUCGUUUCAAUUCUAUUCUGUAAUGUUGCAUGAUGAAGGGCCUUCGCUCGAAAUGUCGAAGUUCUUCUUGUAUUUUUCAGAUAGUUGCAUUCCUAUCAACCAAAGUUUUGUUAUUAUUUCUUUCUACUGUAAUGUAUUGUAUUCUGUUUUGUUUUAUCUUCUUUUCAAUCUCACAAGCCAGGCUCUUCCCCGUCGCUUCCCUUCGAAAAUACGCUACGGUAUAUUUCUUUAUUCUAUUUAACAAGUAGAUAACAUUUUGCCGUUGUCGGUUUGGUGGUUGCUCCGACUCGUGGACAACAUUUUUGUUCUUAGGCCCGGUCAAGACGGAGAAAGUUUUCAUGCACUGAACCUAAAUACAACGAUUAAGUGCGACAGAAGAGCAGCGUCUAAAUCAAUUAAGUUCGGAAGUUUUGAUUAGGUUAGACACGGCACACAAUAUGGUAAAUCAUGUCGAUCAUGCGGGGGGCGGCUUGAACUAUUAAUAUUUUUUAGACGCCGUGCUUUCCAGGCACCGAACCUAAUGCAUCAAUUUUUUAACGUACAGUAUCAUAUGAUUAUGAUAUAUUAGGAAUUUAGUACUGAAAUUUCUGAUAUAAUUUACUUGUAUUUGGCGCUAUUACAAUUUUGAUUAGGUUCGGCGCAUGAAAUCGCUGUCUAAACCGGGCCUUACCACUAUUCUUACCACGCCUCUGUGUACCCAUGGAUCACAAAAACACUUUUGAACUAUCCAUGGUGUAUCUACAGUAUAUAUAACUGCGCAGAUAACGGUUAUAUGUUUGUUAAGUAUAAGAAAGUUUAAAAAACUUAACUCUUAAGGGCGACGGAAAGAGUUACACCCAAUAUCACGUGAUAUAUGACCAAUGCAAAACAAUGCAUGCCAUUGGUUCGUGGUGGUUCUGAGAGCGCUGUGAUUGGCUUAAAGAUAUUACGUCACAACCAUGUUCGUCAUUCCAAAGAAUAAAAGGCAAAACGAUUUGAGGUUAUACUACAUUAUAUGUCCUAACAUGCAUGUAUACACUAUUCUUAUCUGUGAUUGCCAAUUCGAUAUUGCUUAUCAAUAUUGCUUAUCAAUCCAUAUUUAUUCAGAAUUUCGACCAAUAUUUAACAAUUAUUCACCUCAGUGUUGUUGAAUAGUGCAAAUAUAUUCACCGAAACGCGAAGCGGUGAACAUGCGUCCUUGCACUAUUUAACGACACUGAAGCCCCGUUUACACUACGCUCAAUUUUUGGUACGGGACGAAUAAAAGUGGUACCCGCACCACUUUUUUGGUUCUUGGACUACCUAUUUAGAUAGUCCAAGAACCAAAAAAAUGGUACAGUACCAAUUUUAUCCGUGCCGUACCAAAAAUUGAGCGUAGUGUAAACGGGGCUUGAGAGUCUGAGGAGAAUAAUUGUUUUAGGGGCGGACCAUUUGAUUUUUGAGGGGGGAGGUGGAAGAUUCAGUCUGUGCAAGAAUUUUUUUUCCGCCCAGGCGAACGAGACAGAUAUUUUUUUCCUGUAAAAGUGCAGCGCAAGAUAUUUUUUUUCCCAAUAUAUUUGGCCGCAGGAUAUUUUUUUUGCCUCUCAUAAUAACGGCUUACAGUAACUUUAGGCUUUCAUAUAGCUAUCAUCGGAGACGUAGCAGGGGUUUUCAGUCAGAGGAGGCCGAGAACUGAAUCCCAAGAGGGGCCAAGGAAUUUUCACUGUGCUUUAUUUUAUAUAUGGUUAUGUCUUAAUGUUCCCCACACUAAAGCGUGCAAGUUUACUUACAAAGAAUGUAUAACUGCACCAAAACCUAAAACAUACAGGGAUAGAGUAGAGUACUCGAAAAUGGGGGAGGGUACAGUAUAUGAAUGACCUGUAACCUUGGGGGGUUCGGGGGCAUGCUCCCCCGAGAAAAUUUUAAAAUUUGAACCUCGGAAAUGCUAUUUCCUGCGUUUUCAGCCAUGGAUAAUUAUCUUAAGCCCAGAUUUUCUCAGGGGGGGGGGGCAACAAUUUUGCCAGGGAACACCACUGGCUAUCGUAUAUCAGAGGCUCCAAAGGCGGUAGAAUCCCUGUGAUGUUAUCCACUGUUCACCCCGUGUUCUUUUAAGCAAAUGUGCCUGCUCCAAAAUGCAAAAUCUUGCAAGCCUGUGGACACAAUACUGAAGUGAAGAGCUUCAGUAGAGUUACAUGUAGAAAAUUUUUUUUUGAGCGCUCUCUUUUGCAUGAUAUUUUUUCUUCUGGAUUGUGUGCUGCAUGAUUUUUUUUUUCUUUCUCCUUGGGUUGCAGGAAAUUUUUUUUCGAAAUCUUCCACCCCCCCCCCCUCAAAAGUCAAAUGGUCCGCCCCUUAGCAUACCUGUAUACCACAACAAAACAAAAAUGACCAAAAAACAGCGAACAUAUUUUUAAAACAAUUUGUAUUUCAGCCCUAUAUAGUUGUAAACAAAACAGUAUUUACACACUCAAUUUUAGUAAUUUUAUUCAUUAGAAAUAGCUUUAGGAAUACCUCUACACACUGUUAAACAAAAACCGCAGCUUCAUUUAGUACAAAAAUUCGCUCGUCUGUAACUGAAACGAAACGAGAAGCCAUUUUGUUUUUGUCCGGAGGGGAAUGUUGCGAGGAUAUCCAGAGCAACCAAUCAAAUUGCGUGAAAAGCACUAUUCACCUCCAGAGUACAUGCUAAAUUACUUUAUUCAAUUUGUUUUUGUCUUUGAUUUAGUUUUGGAAAAGAUCACAAUAUGUUCAGCAAAAUUUUAUUCGUUUUGGGAGUUGUGUUGGCUAUCUCAACUUUGGGUAAGAAAAUUUCCAAAUUUUCAGUGAUUGAAUCACAAUGCCUAAUAAUGUUCCUUGCCAGCAAUACUGGCAGUUAUCUGAAAAGAUGUGGGAAGCUAUAUCUUUCAGAUUACAUAGGAUAAUAUAAUUGCUUCAUAAUGUAGCUAUUAUAAACACCUCACAAUCCGUUCUUGCAAAAAUUUUGACAGACAUUAAAAUCUCAUCUUAUUAUACGUAUUUUGACUUUAAAAUGGACCAUUCCCCAAUUAACCAAAAUUUUGAUCUCAACAAGUUUAGACAAAAUUUCAUCAUAGCAUGAAAGAGCAUCACAAAAUUAGUAAUAUUCCAAAGUUUCGUUGCGAAAUGUUGUAAAAUGCGGAUCAUAUAGCCUUGUGAAAUUUGCAAUUUUCAGUCAUUUUAGAUUACAAACAGGAAAUGGUUACCACUUUUCCAAAAUUUUGAUCUUAACUAGCCUAAACAAAAAUUUCAUCACAGCUUGAAAGAGCAUCACAAAAUUAGUAAUAUUCCAAAGUUUCGUUUUAAAUGUAAAAUGCGGAUAAUAUAGCCUUGCGAAGUUUGUAAUUUUCAGUCAUUUUGUAUUACGCACAGAAGUGGUAUACCAUUUCCCGUUUGUAAUCUAAAUGACUGAAAAUUGCAAAUUUCGGAAGGCUAUAUUAUCCGCAUUUUACAACAUUUCGCAACGAAACUUUGGAAUAUUACUAAUUUUGUGAUGCUCUUUCAAGCUGUGAUGACAUUUUUGUCUAGACUUGUUUAGAUCAAAAUUGUGGUUAAUUGGGGAAUGGUCCAUUGGCUGAUUAAAUUCCACAGGAUACUCUAUCCAGUUCUAGUUUUCAGGUCAGUGGGAUGACCACUGCCGGGUCUCUAGAUAUAAAACAGUUUAAACUGACAGAGACAAGACAUGACACCAGUUGCACUGCUGGGACAGACUGAAAAGUUUUGGCUUUGGAGGAAAUUAAUUUCCUGCGCAAAAAUUCUUGCAAUUAUGGAGAUCUGCGCAAAAUAACUACAAAUAAUUCCUGAAGAAUCUGCACAAAAUGCUAUUAUAUUUGAACCGGCAAGAACCAAGCAGAUUUCUGAUCUUUGUCUUUGAUAAAAGCACUUUCUGACUGCAGGACUUCCUGAACUGCCAUAACUAAUUUUCUGUGAGAAUAUCUGACAUUUCUGCGCAACUUUCCCAAGGAAAAAACAUUUCCUGCGCAAAAUAAAACUUUUCGGUCUGGCUUGGGGGUAUUAUAAAACAAUUUCCAACUAAUGAUCAAUUGCAUGUCUUUUUUUUUGUUUUAGGAAGUGCAUCUGGUGUCAAACUGACUACCGCCACCAACAGUACAAGUGGUACCUCCGGCAGUACAUCUGAUGUCAUGGUGACCAAGUUUACUCUUUCCUUGAUGGUGAUUGUUGGUUUUAUUUUUCUUGACUUCAUGUACUUUGCCUUUUGACUGUGUAGCUUUACUGAACUUUAUUUAACUCAAUUGUUGUAAUUUGCCUGAGUGUAAUGAGAUUAUGUGGUAAAACUGUAUGUUUAAAACAAAUUGUUUAAAACAUGUAGCGUUAUUAGUUUGGGUUAAUUUAGAAGGUGACUAUAUGUAAUAAAUUGAUAAAAGAUAAAACCAAUUCGUUCCUUAAGGGCAUGUGUAAUCAAAUGUACUAUAGUUUUGAACUAAUGUGGACCAGUUUUGUGUAUACUAUUAAAAGUAACUUUAUUUAUACUGGACAGUCUUAAAGGACAAUGGCAACAAAAUUUUUUAUUGUUUAUAUUAAAAGUGUUUCUUCAUCUAACUAUAAAUAUGAUAUUAAUACCGUGUCAAACAUUUUUGUUCAGGAGUUAUAUGCAUGUUAUUUCACUGUUAAUUUAUAUAUCGUCGGCC